UUUUUUUUCUUUUUCUUUUUUUUUUCCUUUCUAUUUAUUUCUUUUCUUUUCUCCUAAAAGGAACAAAUUCCGAUGACCAAAAAAGGUCAAAAUGAAAAAAAAAAAAGAAAGCAACUGGGUCAACCAACAGGAAUGUGAGAGGGAGAGAGAGCAGUGAGAGAUGGCCAAGUCAGUCAAUCCAUCAGUUGGCUGGUUGGUUCUCCGCUGGCCGACGUGGCUGCCCUCGCCAGGCGUUCAUUUCCCAUCCUCCAUUCCGUGCUUUUUGCCCUUUGGCUCUCUUCUAUCUUCCGUUGCGACGGACUUUCUGCGCCACGCGCAUUUUCCUUUCCCUCCCACUCACUUGUAUGUAGGUGGGAGGAAGCCGUGUGUCAACUCGGUCGCUUCAUACCCUGAAACCCUCCCUUGUGCUGCAAAGCCUGGCGUCAUCUGCCAUGAUUCACGGCCCCCUUCCACAUUCCCUCCAUUCAUUCGCUUUCUCACCCCUCUCGGAUUGUUCCAGGGCUGAGUUCAGUUCACAGCCUGAUCUUGACCUCGGAUUCCUGCCCGCUCUUUGUCCCGAUUCACGAUUACUGUUCC